UAUAUAUAGCAUCGUCUUUAACGCCGGUUGUUCAGUCAAGGAGUUGGUUUGGUUUGGAUUGUUUAGCGUCAUGGCGUCCGGCGGUGAUUCACCUCUGGUCCUAGUCACUGGUGCCUCAGGUUAUAUUGCUGCACAUAUUAUUAAAUUACUACUGGAAGAGGAAUAUCGUGUUAGAGGGACUGUCAGAAGUUUGCAAAAUGAACAAAAAGUGAAACCUUUACAAGAACUUUGUCCUGAUGCUCGAUAUCCAUUAGAAUUAGUGGAAGCUGAUUUAACUAAUCCUGAUUGCUGGAAAGAUGUUGUAAAAGAUUGCACAUAUGUUAUUCAUGUUGCCUCACCAUUUCCAAAUGCUCCUCCAUCUAAUGAAGAAGAUGUAGUUAAACCAGCAGUUGAAGGUACAAAGAAUGUACUUCAAGCAUGUGCUGAUGCAGGGACAGUGAAGCGGGUAGUUUUAACAAGUUCCAUUGCUGCUAUUCAUGGAGAAACAGUUGCUGAAGAUGGAAAAGUGUAUACUGAAGGAGACUGGAGUAAUCCAGAUUCUCCUACAAUUGAUGCAUACAGUAAAAGCAAAACUUUGGCAGAGAGAGAGGCUUGGGAUUUUGUAAAAGAAUUACCAGAUGACAAGAAAUUUGAAUUAUCGGUGAUUAACCCUGGAUACGUUUUGGGACCAACUGUUAAUGGUGCAAUUUCAACUAGUCUAGAGAUAGUAAAGCGGUUGAUGGAACGUUCCAUUCCUAUGGUACCUAAGCUUAAUAUGUGUGUCUGUGAUGUUAGAGAUGUUGCCCAGGGCCAUUUAAAAGCUAUGACAUUGCCAGAAGCAGCAGAUCAUCGUCAUAUUAUAAGCACACAAACAGUUUGGAUGAAAGACAUUGCUCUGGUAUUAGCCAAAGAAUUCAAAUCUCAUGGCUAUUGUAUUCCAACAAUGAUGGCACCAUACAUUGCUCUAUGGUUAAACAGUUUUUUUGACAAGAGUGUACGUUGGCUAUUGCCUCGUGUGGGUAGAGAAUUUAAAUUUGACAAUAAGAGAAUGAAAGAAGUGUUGGAAAUUACACCAAGAGAACUGAACCAAACCAUUAUUGAUACAGCUUAUAGUUUGUUGGAUAGUGGAUUAGUUAAGAAAUCAAAGAAAUCUAAAAAAGAAAAAACUCAACCUCAAACAGAAGGACAACAAGAAGAGGGUCAGCAAGAAACAGAGAACAAGGAAGAGGGAGAAAAGAAGGAAGAAUCAGAUGAAAAAGAAGCUGAAAAGGAAAAGAAUGAAGAGGAGAAACCAAAGGAAUUGGAACCAGAAGAUAAACCUGAAAAGCUUGACACAAAUGAGAAAGUAGAAAUAGAAGCUGUUGAAUGCAAGUAAAUGUUUUCCAAUGUGCAGAUCGAUACUACUGCCCUCAGACAACAUGAAGCUGCUCCAGGUGCUUUUUUUAUCACCGAUUUGUCUGUCGGGUGCUAAAUCUUGACAUUGUGCCUUGUUUUGUUGCAGUUGCAAAUUGCUUUCCAAACAAUUUUUUAAAAUCAAGUUAUAUAUAUAUUUAUAUAUAUAUACUGGGUGAUCAAAUGAAAAGUUUACAUGUGAGGAGUAGACUUGAUAAUUCCAUGAGCUGGAUGCAAUUGCUGUCCUGCUGCAUGUCGAGAGAAAUAUUUAAUUAUUUACUAUAGACUUCUGAGAUGACAUUUUGAAACUCAAUAAAUAAAAAUACUCCCUAUUAUAAGAUUUAAAUUUGAUUUUCGUAGUUAUAUGAACAGAUUCUUGAGAUAAUCUUGAGAUAAAUGCCUUAAACACUUUGAGAUCUGCUUCUAAGUGAACCCAAAUGACUUGAACUCUUGUCAGAUACUUUUUAAUUGUAACUCUUUUUGUUACGUAUCAAUGAUAAAUUUGUAUUUUAGUAUUGCUGAUACAAAUUACACAUGUAACUCUUCAGUGAGUCAAAGCUACAAUGUUUAAUUUGUUACGCACAGAUCCCAUGGACUGCCUCUUAUUUAAAAUUUGUAAACAUGAACCUUAAAGGCUGUGGCUUAUGAAAAAUAACCUGAGUCAUCUGUGCCUACAAUUUUUGAUAACUUUUCUUCUUUACAUAACUUUAACUAUGUAAAUUCUAUUCUGUAAUGCAAGGUAUUUCCAGUUAUACAACACUUACUUGAAGUAACAAAAAUGAGAUAGCACUACACUUGGGAACCGGUGGAUGUGAUGAGUUAGUCAGGUAUCACUGACUCCUGAUGUCACCAAGUCUACUACUCAUAAGUAAACUUUUCAUUUUAUCACCUGGCAUAAUAAGAAUUUUUGCAUUUUUUUUUUUUAACUAGGUAAAUGAUUAGUGGCACUUCAUAUAUAUAUUUAUUAGUGAAACUUUUAAGUUGUAGGAUUUUUGAAAGCGAUUUUUAAAAGAAGAAAUAUUAAUAUUUCUAUGAAUUUUAACAAACAUUGUAUUUUGCUACCAAAGUUUUUUAUAUUAUAUUUGCAAAUUUGGGGGAUAAAAAAAUCAUUAUGUUGUCUACAAAUGAACAAAUUUAUCCAUUUUAUUUAACGACACAAUACCUUCAUUUUACAUUAAAUUAUGCCGUAUAUUAACCUCAUGCUCAUCACAUUUGGACAGUAUUAAUUCAUAGAGCAUUUUGAAUUCUGAGGAACUAUUUUUUCCUAUUCCACUUUAUAUACACUAAUCAUUCCAAUGUCAAAACAUCUUUGCUCUAUUCUAUACACAGUCUCUUUUCUGCCGAAGGAUCUCCUUCACGAUAGUAUAACAUUAUUAUAGCUAAAGAUAAAAAAAAAUUGCAUUUAAUAUUUUGCACAAUUAUUAAAUUUUUACAUAUUUGCUCAAGUUAAGAUAUUCUGUUUUCUGUCAAAUGCCUAGAUCUUUUUGUAAAUCUGGCAGGCAGAAGUAUUCUAGUCUGUGGUACAAAAUGAGAAGGAAAAAAAACCAAAAACGUUCAUCCUGUGAUUACAUUGAGGUUGUCUUCACGAUUUUUUUUAUUUCCUACUUAAAUUUAUCGAUUGUUGUGAUGUUUUAUUUUAUUAAAGACUUACAUCUUUUGUGUAAAUGCUCAUGUAUGCCAAUCUGCAACUUCAUAAAUUUUAUAUUAUUGUCAUGUAGUGUUCUUCAUGUGAACAAACUAUCAUAGGUGUUUCCAGUGUGUAGUUUCGUACCAUACUGAAUGUCUUUGUAACGUAGAAAACAUAUCUCUGUGCACAAUUGCAAUUUAUAAAUGCUUUUGCUAAAAUUUGGUGCCAUUGAAUUAGGAUGAAUUUCACAAAAGCCACCUGUACUGUGUCCUUAAUCUGUUUAAUAAACUUUCCUGUCAAAACAA